UCAAAUCCAUCCUAUUUGUUCCCUCAUACCCUCCUUUUUUCUUCCUUCCUUCCCUACACUUCUCUUCAUCAACUUUCCACAACCUCUGAACCAAAAUUUCUAUCUUUUCUCAUUCUCUUAUACCCUUUUAGAAACUUCUUCAUAAAGUGUUGUUUUUUAUCACUCUUUUUAAGAACCACAAAAACAGUUUUUCUUGAAUUCUUAGAUUUUUUUUUCUUCCUGUAACCAUGGCUUUGGCACAGUUAAACAACCCCACUUGCUCAAAAACUCAACUUCAUUCAUCACAACUCUCAUAUCUGUCUAGGAAUCUCCCUAAGCAAUAUAACUGUACUUUUGCACCACUUCAUAGAACUCAACAUGGCAGAAUUACUUGUUCUGUUGCACCAAAUCAAGUGCAGGCUCCAGCUGUACAAUCACAGGAUCCUAAGAGUAAGCCUGAUUGCUAUGGUGUCUUCUGUCUUACCUAUGAUUUGAAGGCUGAAGAGGAGACAAAAUCCUGGAAGAAAUUAAUCAACAUUGCAGUCUCAGGUGCUGCUGGAAUGAUUUCCAAUCAUCUACUUUUCAAGCUUGCAUCUGGUGAAGUUUUUGGUCCAAAUCAACCUAUUGCUCUGAAAUUAUUAGGAUCAGAAAGGUCAUUCCAAGCUCUUGAAGGUGUUGCGAUGGAACUGGAGGAUUCUUUGUUUCCUUUGCUGAGGGAGGUUGUUAUCAGCAUUGAUCCUUAUGAGGUGUUCCAAGAUGCAGAAUGGGCUUUGCUAAUAGGCGCAAAGCCUCGAGGACCUGGCGUGGAGCGUGCAGCUUUGCUAGACAUAAAUGGCCAGAUUUUUGCGGAGCAGGGAAAAGCACUAAAUGCAGUCGCAUCUCGCAAUGUCAAAGUUAUAGUUGUGGGAAACCCUUGCAAUACAAAUGCAUUAAUAUGCUUGAAGAAUGCUCCAAAUAUUCCUGCAAAAAAUUUCCAUGCUUUAACUCGUUUAGAUGAGAACCGAGCAAAAUGUCAGCUAGCCCUCAAGGCAGGUGUCUUCUACGAUAAAGUGUCAAAUAUGACGAUAUGGGGAAACCACUCAACUACUCAGGUCCCCGAUUUCUUAAAUGCCAGAAUUGAUGGUUUGCCUGUCAAAGAAGUGAUUAAGGAUCAGAAGUGGUUAGAGGAAGAGUUCACCGAAAAAGUUCAAAAGAGAGGUGGCGUACUUAUUCAAAAGUGGGGAAGAUCGUCUGCUGCAUCAACUUCUGUGUCGAUAGUUGAUGCCAUACGAUCUUUGAUCACUCCUACUCCCGAGGGUGAUUGGUUUUCUACUGGUGUAAGUUGUUAUUACUUAAAGCACCUCAUGUAUUUACUUGAUAUAGAAUUAUAUGAUCUUUUGGUGAGAUUUUGUCUUCAUUCUUUUCUGUUUUCUGGUAUCUACUUAAAUCACAGUUUGCAAUUGCAAUACCAGGUGUAUACUGCUGGAAAUCCUUAUGGAAUAGCUGAAGAUAUUGUUUUCAGCAUGCCAUGUCGAUCAAAGGGAGAUGGUGAUUAUGAACUUGUCAAGGAUGUUAUAUUUGAUGACUACCUACGACAGAAAUUAGCAAAGACGGAAGCUGAGUUAUUGGCCGAGAAAAAAUGUGUGGCUCACCUAACAGGCGAGGGAAUUGCUGUUUGUGAUCUACCUGGUGAUACCAUGCUCCCAGGAGAAAUGUAACAAGCUAAUCUUCUGAAUAUCAAAGCAGAUAUGGAAGUAAGAUCAUACGAACUGAUGUAGAAUAAUAUGGUUACGUAAUAGCCAAGUCUCGUGGUAGAUCAUGUGGUGGAAAAAACAAUAUUCCUUCUAUGUGUCCUGGGUUCGAUUCUUGUUCGCCAAGAAAGAAAUAGGAAUAUGGUUAUGUAAAAAUAAAGGUGAAAAACAUUUAUUCAGCAAUAAUAUAAAUUUCAAAACAUUCAUUUGUUGUAAAACCAUAAAGCUCAUUAACAAUGUAAUAAGUGGGAUUUUGUAUAACCUAUUUCUAGAUAUGAAGCUUGAGAUGGGGUCUGUCUAAUGUGUUAUACAA